GUCUUGUUAAUUCUCUGGUCUACAGACAUCAGCCCACGGUACCAUGUAGUGGACCUCUUCAGCGGGGUUGGGCAAAUUUCUCAGUGCUACAGACGGCAUGGCCUAGCGGCUGUAGAGUAUGAUUUCCUGGUCAGCAACAGCAUGGACUUUGUUUCAGCUGCUGGCUUCGGGUUAGCUAUAUACGCCGUAUUAUGUUUGGUCCCCUUUGGGCUACUCAUUGGGGGGCCGGACUGCUCCUCCUGGACUGUGGUGAGCCGAGGGACAUCCCUCAGAACAAUCGUCAAUCCUGGCGGCAAUGUGAAUUUGCAGUGGGUCAGAGACAACAAUCUCACUGUCAGUCGGCUGACACUUCUUCUCAUGUUGGCUACAGCGAUGCAUUGCCUGUGGGUUUUGGAACAGCCAUCCUCCUCCCAAUCUGUAUUUGCUCGUCACUGGAGAUUCGAGAAAUUCUGUAAUCAUACAGCCUCGGCAACUUGCUUGCAUUCUCCUUGGCGUAGCCAUACCCCCAAAUUAUGUAAUAUUAUAUAA